UAAAUCGAACAAGAAGAAGAAGAAGAGGAAGAAGAGGAAGAAGAACAAGAAUGUGCUGUUUGCGUAAUUGCCACUCCGUUUCAGAACUCCGUAUUGACGCCGUUAUCAUACCUGGAACCUGGAUAGGACCGUCCCGAAUCUUGCAAUGCUCCCCUGCACUGGAUCGGAGCGUGCCAGGCCACAACACGACACCGUUCCCCCACGGCUGCUGACAUCGCCCCCUUGUUAACCUUAAAGGCAGCAACAAACAGGUGUCCCACGAGUACGGGUUUGUGGCCGGCGACGAGAGGAGGGGUCUGGUUGCAUCUUUUGCGUGGGUGAAUUAAUUUCCAAAUUAGCAUCCAGUUAGCUAGCUGUAAUGCUAGGCAAUUAACGUAACUAUCAGGGUUGUAUUGAAAAUCGCAAAUGUCGGCUGUCAUUUGUGGUGGACAGUGUUUUACGGGGAUCUCCAGUAAAUACAGGGGCGGUAACGGAGCGUUAUAUCACGUCCAUAUAAGAAGACGGACCUAAAAGGUGCAUGAAUGUGUUCAGUGUAAUGAGUCGGAGCUAGUGGGCUAGCUUCGUGGAAACACGUCGGUAGUCUGAAGAGCGUUGCACGUCGCUUUAGACGGUGCUAGCCAAUAUGGACGGUAUUAUUUCCACCAAGCCUCACUGUGUCUCGCAUUGGGAAAUGCAAUGAGGAGACUGCAAGAGGAAAACCUCUAGAAGGCCGACACGAUAAUGGAGACUUCCUUGCAGAUAGCUCCCCACUCCCUGGCAAUCGUGCUAGCCAGGGUCGAGACUGGGGAAGCGACGGGGGCGGCCGGGGUCUCAGAGAGCGACGACCUGCCGAGGCACCACACAGGCUAUGAGAUUUUUGCCGAUUUCAAAGCACAAAAUACCCAGCAACGUGUGUGGAACCUACGGAUUACCGAGGCUAUGUCCGAGACCUUCUUCCUGGGCUGGAUAGAGGAGCAUGUGCUGCUGAUCCAGGGGAAAGAGGACCACCUGGAGGUGCUGAGGGAUGGAUGGAUGCGGAGGUACCUCAAUCCACCUCGGGGAUUCACCAUCAAAUACCUUGGCAGGUAUUCCCACAUCGCUGAUCUAUCCAUGUAAGAGACGGAAGUGAGGAGGUGCAUGCAUGAGACUGAAGAAGCGUCCUUUCAGACGAUCAUACUGACAAAUGUACGUUCAAGAAUAAAAAAAUGUAGUUAUUCCAGUGUAAGGUGAAUAGGGUCUUCAGAGACGCCUGUAUCACCGCCCUGACUGAAACCUGGCUUGAUGAGGCCUGUCCAGACACUGAGGUCAGUUGUUAUCAUUUCACCUUGUUGUGAGCAGACUGAACUAGGCAGUCGGGCAAAGAAAGAGGUGGUGGUGUCUGCAUCUUUCUCAACAACAGGUGGUGUAAUAAAAUCAAAAUUGCACAGUCUGUAACCACUUCGUACAGACUACGUUUUCUUCCAGAGGGAAUCCCCUACAGUGGUUACAGGCUGUGCACAGACAAGUGCAAUGGAUUUUGAUGUUAUUACACUAAAUGUCCAAGGUUCUGGUUCGUAGUAUGAGAAAUCGGAACCACGACAUAUCUCCCUGCCCAACCCCAUACGCUGCCACAGCAGCAGGUGUACGUAGCAGACGACUCGUCUCUGAAGCUGGAGUCAGGAGGAUAUCAUCUGGUGGAUUCUUUAUUCCCUGUGGAGUUUCCCUGGAGCUCUUGGCCAACUUAUACCCACCUGACUGACCAAUUCCCCCCCAUCACCAAAUGCCCAAGGUUCUGGUUCGCAGUAUGAGAAGUCGGAACCACGACAAAUCUCCCUGCCCAACCCCAUACUCUGCCACAGCAGCAGGUGCAGGUAGCAGAUGACUCGUCUCUGAAGUUGGAGUCAGGAGGAUAUCAUCUGGUGGAUUCUGGGGACAAAACACACUGGACCUGGUCUACACAACACUGAGAGGAGGAGGUCCCUCUCCAGGAUCAACGCUUGCAAAGCUGCUGGACCUGACAACAUUCCUGGUCGUGUGCUUAAGGACUGUGCAGAGGAGCUCACAGAUGUCCUCACAGACAGCUUCAACACCUCCCUGAACCAAGCUGUUGUCCCCACCUGCUUCAAGAGCACCACCAUCGUCCCUAUUCCAAAGAAGGCAUCUCCAUCGUGCUUCAACGACUACCGCCCUGUGGCACUGACCCCCAUCAUCAUGAAGUGCUUCGAGCGGUUAGUCAUGCAGCACAUCACAUCCAUCCUCCCUCCCUCCUUGGACCCCUACCAGUUUGCAUAUCAGGCCAACUGGUCCACCGAUGAUGCAAUCUCCACCGCCAUCCACUCAGCUCUUACUCACCUGGACACUAAGGACUCUUACAUGAGGAUGCUGUUCUUAGACUUUAGUUCAGCUUUCAACACUAUCAUCCCCCAGCAGCUGAUACAGAAACUGGACUGUCUAGGACUAAACACCUCACUCUGCAACUGGUUGCUGGACUUCCUGACCGGAAGACCACAGGCAGUCCGGGUCGGCAGCAACGCAUCCAGCACCAUCACAAUGAACACAGGGGCCCCCCAUGGAUGCAUGCACAGCCCCUUCUCCCUCUCUCUAUAUGUGGAGAAGACGAAGGAGAUUGUUGUUGACUUCCGGAGAACCUCCACCCAGCACCCUCCACUGACCAUCAACGGUGCUGCUGUGGAGAGAGUGAGUAGCACCAAGUUCCUGGGUGUUCACAUCAGUGAGGACCUCUCCUGGAGCAGCAACACCGCAUCACUGGCCAAAACAGCUCAGCAGUGCCUCUACUUCCUCCGCAGACUGAGAAGAGCCAGAUCACCGGUCCCCAUCAUGCACACCUUCUACCGUGGAACCACCGAGAGCAUCGUGACCAGCUGCAUCGCUGUGUAGUAUGGCGGCUGCACCGCAUCCUGCCGGAGGACCCUGCAGCGCAUAGUGAAAGCAGCUGAGAGGAUCAUCGGUGCCCCCCUCCCCUCCCUUCAGGACAUCUACAACACACGCCUGGCCCAAAAUACACUCAGCAUUGCGGGCGACUCCACCCAUCCCAACCACCCCUUCUUCACCCUCCUGCCUUCCAGGAGGAGAAUGAGGAGCCUCUGGGCGAGAACCAGCAGACUGAGAGACAGCUUCAUCCACCAAGCCAUCCACCAAGCCCCCCCACAAACACUGGACACUGACACACACACCCCACCCUCUGCCCCCACAAACACUGGACAAUGACACACACCCCCCGCCCACCCACCACUACGCACAAACCAAAUGGCACCAGCCACUUUUAUAAACUCAAAAUAUAUAUUAUAUAUACAAACAAAUUGCACUGUGUACAGUCAACUGCUGUACAC